AUGACCAACCACUGUCUCUCAUGGAGGCAGCUCUGCCUAGCUGUCCUGUCUGUCGCAACUGUGGUCUGUGGGGUUUCAAUUGCGAACCACACAAAUUCCCCUGCCUGCCGUUGUAUGCCGCAAGACCCUUGUUGGCCUGAAGAUAACCAAUGGGCCCGAUUCAACAAAACCGUGAAUGGGAAUUUGAUUGCGACUGUCCCGAUCGCCAGCGUCUGUCACCUCGACUCGUUCAUGCCGUACGAUCAACCACAAUGCGUACAACUCCAGUCCAACUGGGGUUUCCCAAAAACGCACUAUGAGAGCUCCUCAUCAAUUAUGGCGACCAGGUUCACGAACCUAAGCUGCAAUCCCUUCUCGUCGAAGACCUCUCCUUGUACGAUCGGGAACUACGUCCAGUACGCCGUGAACGCGACAGAUGCCCCACACGUGCAGAACACAAUCAAUUUUGCAGCUCAACACAACAUUCGCCUUGUCAUCCGUAAUACUGGACAUGACUUACUUGGGAAGUCCACUGGAGCUGGAGGGCUAGCGAUUUGGGUGCAUCACAUGAAAGAUAUUUCUGUCGUGGACUACAUCUCGUCACACUAUUCCGGCAAAGCCAUGAAGAUGGGAGCUGGGGUUCAAUCAUUUGAAGCUAGCGACGCGGCAUAUAAAGCUGGACUUGUUGUCGUGGGCGGCAAUUGUCCAACAGUUGGACUGGCAGGGGGGUAUUCCCAAGGCGGCGGACAUGGCCAACUGGUGUCCCAUGUGGGCCUUGCUGCUGAUCAGGUACUGGAAUGGGAGGUUGUUCUCGCAAAUGGGAAGCUAGUGACCGCAUCCCCAACAAACUAUCCAGAUCUCUACUGGGCACUGUCAGGUGGAGGUGGAGGCACGUACGGUGUUGUCGUGUCGAUGACGAGCAAAGCUUACCCUGAGCUGCCGACGGCAUCUGGUAACUUUUCAUUCUCCGACACCGGUGUAUCGCGAGAUAAAUUCUUUGCAGCAGUCAGCAUGUUUAUAUCGAUUCUUCCCUCGAUCGCGGAUACUGGAGGGGCCAGUGUUUGGUGGUUAACCAACAACACCCUAUCAACGACGCCUACUACCAUUCCGGGCGGCACAGCGACAAUUUUCAAUUCUCUUUUUGCUCCUUUAAUUGCAUUUCUUGAACAGAACGACAUACAGUACACGUAUUACGUGGACGAUUUCCCGACAUACCACGAUGCCUACCAGACAAUGAGCCCACCGGACAACAUAACGGAUCAACUUGCUGGAGGUCGCCUGAUUCCAAGAUCCGUGGUCGAGGAGAACUUGGCUGAUCUAACCACCGUCUUGCGUAAUAUUGUCGAAGGAAACGGUGGAUUCCUGAUUUCAGGAGUUAUGGUCAACUCAUCUCGAGUUGCAUAUCCCGACAACAGUGUCAACCCAGCCUGGCGAGACGCGUUGAUGGAUAUUGUAAUCGGAGCGAUGUUCAACUAUACUGACUUCGAAAGCAAUAUCGCUCCCCAGAAGGUCAUUACCGAUGUUCUUAUGCCUACACUGGAAGAGUUGACACCUGGAAGUGGUGCAUAUUUGAAUGAAGCUGAUCCAAAUCAAAUAGAUUGGCAACAGGCAUUUUAUGGGGAUAACUAUGACAAUUUACUAACGAUUAAGAGAAAGUAUGAUCCUGAUAAUAGGUUCUACGCUUUCAAGGCUGUAGGCAGCGAUGCUUGGAGAGUUACAGACAAUGGCCGGUUGUGUAAAUCGCAAGAUUACCAGACCGAAUGA